AUGGUUCUUACACCAGCUGAAAAACAAAAACGAUAUCGUGAAAAUCUUGUAAAAAGAGGUUUAUAUGAAUUUACAAAGGUUAAACAUGCUGCCAGAAUGAAAGUUUAUCGUCGAAAAUUAACUGGAUUAAUACGAACUAAAUAUUUGGCUGCACAUGCUGAUGCACAAAGACGUUAUAAAGGAAAAAUGGUUUCAAAUCCUAAUAAAUCAUCUCCUACGAUACAGACAGUAGCAAAAGCAACAAAAAAGGUCAAGCAAGUCCUUCCAAAAGAUCCAAUAAAAAAAAAGUUGGUUAUACAAGCAAUGGCUGAAUCUGUUGGUCUUUUACCUCAACCAUUUGCUCCACGUGUUUCAAGAACAUUACCACUAAAAGUAAAAGAAGCUAUUCUUCAUUAUUAUGAACGUGAUGACAUAUCAUAUCAAAUGCCUGGUAAACGUGAUACAAUUGUUGUUAAAGAAUAUGCUGGUAAAAAAACUUAUCAAAAAAGAAUUUUAUUAUAUAAUUUACGUGAGAUACAUCACAUGUUCUUACAAGACAAUCCUGGUAUUGAUGUAUCACGUUCAGUCUUUGCUCAAUUGCGACCACAACAUAUUAUGGUGAAAUCUUCCAUGUCACACCGUGUGUGCUUAUGUUUAUAUCAUCAAAAUGUCAGUUUGCUUAUUGAUGCAUUGUCAAAAUUUAUCAAUGGACCAGCUUGUUCUGAUUUACAUACAUUCACCAAAAUACUUGUCUGUGAUGAAUCAAAUGAACAGUGUAUGUUUUCAAAUUGUAAUUAUUGUUCUAAUAAUUUUAAAUUACAUGUUGAAAGCAAGAUUAUUGAUGAAACUGUAAAAUUAAAAUGGUUUCAGUGGAACAACAAUCGAGGUCAUGCCGAAAAAAAAGAACAAGAAGGCACGGUGAAGGAAUGUGUACAAUGUUUAUCACAACAAAUAAAAAAGUAUUUGAAUCAUGUUUUUAUUAAACGUCAGCAAAGCAAGUUUUUUGAACAAAUGAAAGAUAAUUCUGAUGAUAAAUCAAUUGUUAUACAAGUCGAUUACGCCGAUAAUUUUGCUAUUGAAGAACAAGAUGCUAUUCAAUCAGCACAUUGGUCGACCAAAACAAUUUCAAUUUUUACCGCACAUGCAUGGUGUGGUCCAUUAAAUUUCUCAUUUGCAUUACCUUCAAAUAAUGUAACUCAUAAUAAAUAUUGUACUAAUACAUGUCUUGAUUAUAUUAUUAGUGAAGUAAAACAAUAUUUACCAGAUUUAAAAAGAAUUAUGUUUUUCAGUGAUGGUGCUGCUUCUCAAUUCAAGCAGCGUUUCUUAUUUCGAAAUUUAACAAGAUUAUCAAUUGAUUAUAAUUUAUGUUUAUCAUGGAGCUUUUUUGCUACCAGUCAUGGGAAGGGGGUGGUGGAUGGUAUUGGCGGUAUUAUUAAACGAAUAGUUUGGAAAGAAAUUAUGACUAAAAAACAAUGUAAAACAGCAUCUGAUUUUGUUCUUCUUGCUAAAAGCAAAACCAAUACCAUUAUUUUACACGAAAUAACACAAGCAGCAAUUGAUGCUUCAGAACAAAAACUGCAACAGAUAUUCAAUGAUACAAAAUCUGUUCGAGAUACACAAAAAUUACAUCAUGUAACUGUUGUAGGUGAGGAUAUUAUUGAAUGUCGUCUAUAUAGUGAAUCGACAUGUUGUUGGAAGGUGAGGUUUUGA